AUGAUUCAAAGUAUCAUGAUCGUGAAAUGGAUUUAUCUAAUCCGAACAUGCAAUCACUCUCAUCUCAAACUUACAGAGACGUUUCAUGAUUCAGAACGGAAACACGUAGGAUAUCCGUGUGGUUUAAAAGGAUCAAAGAGUGUGGGACAAUAUCAGUAUCCUGGUCCCAACCCUGAUAUGAUAUUUAUUAACCCUGAUAUAACCAACCGUGAUAUACCCAACCCUAAUAUACCCAACCCUGAUUUACAUAGCCCUGAUAUACCUAACCCUGAUAUACCUAACCCUGAUAUACAUAGCCCUGAUAUACCCAACCCUUAUAUAUCCAACCCUAAUAUUCCCAACCAUGAUAUAAUACCUAAACCUGAUAUACCUAACCCUGAUAUUCCUAACCCUGAUAUAAUACCUAACCCUGAUAUACCUAACCCUGAUAUAUCCAACCCUGAUAUACAUAAUUCUGAUAUACCGAACCCUGGUAUAUCCAACCCUGAUAUACCCAACCCUGAUAUUCCCAACCCUGAUAUUCCCAACCCUGUUAUUCCCAACCCUGUUAUUCCCAACCCUGAUAUAUCCAACCCUGAUAUAUCCAACCCUGAUAUACGUAACCCUGAUAUACCCAACCCUGGUAUAUCCAACCAUGAUAUACAUAACCCUGAUAUACCCAAUCCUGAUAUUCCCAACCCUGAUAUUCCCAAUCCUGUUAUUCCCAACCCUGAUAUUCCCAACCCUGAUAUACCCAACCCUGAUAUUCCCAACCCUGAUAUUCCCAACCCUAAUAUAUCCAACCCUGAUAUAUCCAUGUAUAAGAUACAUAUCUCUAUAUAUUUAAUAUAA